UGGACAGCUGUGCUGUGGUCUUCUUACCGGGAGCACCGGGGCCUGGCAGGGGCGGGGCAGCCUUAUCAUCUGGUUCUCCGACAAGCGCUUCCAGCUCCAGAGCAAGGCGGGCCACCAUUCUCUCGCCAUGGGCUCUGGGCCAGGCCGGGCGCUCAGCCUAUUGCUCCUUCUGUUCGCUCUGCCAAGCCGCCCGGCCGCGGGCUGUCCCGCGCCAUGUAGCUGCGCCGGUACAGUCGUGGACUGCGGGCGCCGCGGGCUGACGUGGGCCUCGCUGCCAGUCGUUUUCCCACCGGACACAACCGAACUGGUGCUGACGGGCAACAACCUGACCACGCUGCCACUGGGGCUGCUAGACACGGUGCCCAGGCUGCGUAAGGCGCACCUGGGCGACAACCCCUGGCGCUGCGACUGCCGCCUCGUACCACUGCGCGCCUGGCUGGCCGGUCGUCUGGAACGCGGGCUCUACCGCGACCUGCGCUGCGCCGCGCCCCCAUCACUGCGCGGCCGCGUACUGUCCUACCUGACCGAGGAAGAGCUUCGUGCCGCCUGCUCGCCUGGCGCGCUCUGCUGGUGGUCGCUGGUGAUCCCGUUGGUGCUGCUCGGCCUUGGGCUGCUGCACGCGCUGCUGCUGGCGCUGCUGCUGUGCCGGCUGCGGAGGCUGCGCGCUCGCGCGGCGCAUCGCCUGUCGCUGACCGCCCCGCUAGUGGCAGAACCAGCUGGAGACAGCGAAUCCUGAGAGGAGCGGACUGGCGCUGAGCAAGGAGGGCCUGCGAGCUCCACAGGACCCUGCCCCAAGGAGCCCUAGCCCUAACCUGGACCCAUUCUCCUCCACUCAGGCACCAUUUCCCAGGCUGGCCACCCCCUGCAGGCCCUGGCCCACAGGGGCAGAUUGCUGCAAGGCCACCCUUAUCGCGGCGAGCCCACGCCCCGGAUGCUUAGACAGAUCCAGGGGACCAACUGCAGCCCAUACCCUGUGGGGUCCCUCAUGCCAAACUACAGCGCAGAAUAAACCCUUCCCCAUGUGA